AUGAUGGACAAAAGCCUCAACGAUAAGCUCGAGAGGCUACUCUCCUUAAUGGAAGCCCAGUUGGAGCUUACCAGGCAAGGGCAACAUGAAGAGCAUCUAUGCCAUGCUCAUCUGAGUGGAGAGGAGGCGAUCGAGCCCUCCCACCCAGAGGAUCAAGGGGCUAGGGAAGACAUGAUGGGAGACCCUCCCACACCAUCCCCAGCAUCGCGUCCAAGGCAGGCGGUAUCAUUCAUGGGACCGAGCGAACCGCCGGUCGACAACUAUGACAAGUACACCUCACCCACCGGGCCCAGAUACUUCAGGCCCUGUGUGGAUCCGUACAACUGGCCAAGGGCAGAACCUCAUGGUUUCGACCAAGAGGAUGAUACAAGCACCACCAGAGACCCCAGUCUCUCGUGCUCCAAGCCGGUCGCCACCCCAUUCCCCAAGUUUAAUCCUAGAGACGUUGAGAUUUUCAUCCUUGAGGCUGAGGCAUGGUUCAAAUUCAACCAGGUCUAUGAGCAGGCAAGGAUGAUCAAUCAUAUGGGUGCUCAAUUGGAAGGGAACGCUUGCAAAUGGUGGACUUCCAAGCUUCGCAUCAACAGAGGCCGAGAAGGAAGACUGUUCAAUGAUUGGCACUACUUCACUGAGCACCUGACAGAACAGUUCAAUCCUUGGAACGCCAGAAUGGAGGCCUAUAACAAACUUCUGGCUCUCCAGCUCACAAGCGAUGCACCAGGUGCAGCCACACGCCAUGUCAAACGAUUCAGAGACUUAGAAGGACAAGUCAAUCUAGAUGACAAUGAACUAGUUAUUGACUUGUUUAGGGGAAGUCUCACACGCAGCCUGCAGGAGAAGUUUGAGCAGAACCCACCUUUAAAGAGGUGGGAAUGGUAUCGAGAGGUCGAGGAGAUCGACCAGCAAAGGAUGCUGUUACAGCAGUCCUCAGCCCGGCACCCAAGCGCCGCUCCAUUGCGACCAAACCCUGGAGGCCGACCUACACCACCGGCUCAAGGUCCAUUCCCUGCACGGCAACCAACACAGACCUAUUCCUGA